GCACGAGUACGCAAACAGCGCACUGCUGAAAUAUUACCCCCACUGCCUGUAGCAACCUAUUGGCAGGAAACUGUAAAGGAGAAACAAAUAGCCUUCUUUGGCACCCACCUAUAUACCAUUAAAAAAAUACAUUUGCAACUGCUGUGAGCCACGGCAGCUUCAGUACAGUAGUCUGGUUUCUGGAUUAGGACAGAAAACAGUGUAAUUGGAACCAUCCCUAUAUAUUUCACAGUAGAACCAUAAGCCAGAUGCCAGCAGGUUGCUAUGAAGCUGUAAUUAAAUAACUAUGCAAAAAGAAGCAGAUGCAAUUGGAGAAAAUUAUUCUUCCGUCUGAUGACUUAACCAAGUUGUUCUACCUACAUUUUUACAUUAUUCGAUGAUGACGACUGAUUCAAAAUUUAACAAUGUUUUAUCUGCGUAAUGCUCUGUGAAAGAAUGGUAACUCUCCAUCAGGUUUUAUAACGUAAUGUCGUAAACAUGAAGCUGACUGGUUCUGAGCCAGACCAGGUGGCAUUCUUUGUUGGACUGUGGUGCUGUGUCUGUGUGGCUUUGGUGAGAAGCAGUAACCACACACUCAUCUUUCAAAAAGAAAGUAACUUCCGCAAUUGCAGCUGCUUCUCUAGCAUCCCAGACUGUGGGUUUGCUCUUGCCAACCUUGCAUGCAACUGUAAGACUGUCUCGUCUCAAGAAAUCGACAAGGCCAGCCCAACCUUCAGCUACGGCAGUGAAUUAGUCGUAUGGGUGUCAGAUACUGCUACUCUGGGGCUGUUGCUGAACUACUCAUCAGUUCCAAACCUCAGGUUGUCUUUGUGCAGUCCUAAUGCCGUACUUACAGAAUAUCUUGUCAUCUUUGGCCUGAAAAAUCUCUGUGUGACAAAUCCUAAGGCGAAUGCCUAUCCGCUGCAAAACAUAACAAUAUACAGCACGGGUGGCACAGCUGUCAAGUCAACCUUGCAGAAUAGCACAGGAUUCUCAUUUUAUAUUUCAUUCUUAAACAUGGCUCUGUUAAAUGGAGAUUCUAAGUUAAAAGCGUACUCAGUACCUAAUGUCACAAACAUUGCAGAAUAUUUUCCAGAUCUUCAUUAUGACACUGCUUCUCUGCCUUCUGAGGCUAACAGUUCAUUUGUUACAUUCAUCUACGUUUAGGAGCUGUACAGUAACAUGUUUUUUGACAGUCAACAAAGUGCAACACAGAUGCUGAGUUGGUGAUUUUUUUUUUGUCCGCGCAUUUUGGGGAAUUUUAAAGCACAAAUGUUCCCUUAUUCCUUCCUGUAUUUCUUUUUAAUGCUAUCUUUAUGCAGAAGCUUCAAUUAUGGACAAGGAAAUGUGCUUGCCAAACAUCUACAAUCAACUAACUUCACUAAGCUAGGUUAGGAAUAUAACUUUGAAGAUAAUGUUAGGCCAUCAUUGUGACUGUCAAGGCUUAAUUUAUUAAAACAUAAUGUUAUGAAAAUAAGGAAUUUUUUCAAUUUAAAAUGCCUAAAAUAACACUAACAGCAAUAUAUGUAACAAUGACAAUACUGUAAUCAGGUUUGCAAGAUUUCUGUGAUAACACAGUGUGGAGCUGGAGGAACACAGCAGGACAAGCAGCAUCAGAGGAGCAGGAAAGUUGAUGUUUCAGGUCGUGACUCAUCAGAAAUUUUCUGACCCUUUUCUGAAGAAGGGUCCCGACCCAAAAUGUCAACUUUCCUGCUCCUCUGAUGCUGCCUGGCCUGCUGUGUUCCUCCAGCUCCACACUGUGUUAUCUCUGACUCCAGCAUCUGCAGUUCUUACUAUCUCCCUGCAAGAUUUCUGUGUUGUGCUGAACCUUAUUAUUAUUGAGGUAUUUCAGACAAGCGAACCAACUUUAAUGUCACAUGAAAAAGACUAUUAACAAUAGCAUAUAGGCUAUACGUGUGUUUAAGCUGACACAUGUUCACAGAUCACAGAAUUCACAGAGUGAGAUCAUUCCUUCUAAACUAUGACCUAUAAGUAUGAAGAACACCCUUAUUCACCGCACUUUGCAAAUGAAAUUUGAUUUUAAUGCAGAGCAACUAUUCCACUGAUGCAGACAGGGAGCAGGAAUCAGGAAAUCUGAGAUAGAUGAGCAGGAAAUCUGGAGUCUGAGAACAAGUGACUUAGGAGGCCCGAAGAAGUAAGCAGCACUGAAGAAUCCAAAACAUAAACAUCAGGAUUGGAUUAGUGGCAAAUGCACUCCCCAGAAUAAGAUUAUUCGUAUGAUCAUUUGCACAUAAGAUUACCCACUAUUUUCAACACAUAAAUUGUUAUCUUCUACACAAACACCUACUGUGUUUUUUCUGUUGGCAACACUAGAUUUUACACUGAUAAUAUAUUUUCAUGACAGUGUAGUGAAGCCUGACACUGGAAUUCUAAUGACUUCUCCAGUAGUGUUAACUUAUAUGUUAAUAUGUAAUUGUAACAAUAUAAUUUUAACUUCAACCUGACUUUACAUGUCAAGAAGUAAUUUUAUUGAAUAAUGCAUAUUUCAUGGUUUCCCAAUGUCUCAAAGAGCUGCACAACCAGUGAUGUAUUUUUGAGGAGUAGUCACUUGUAACUUAAGCAGCCAAUUUGUCCACAGUAAGGGUUCACGCAUGGCAAUGAGUUAAAUCUCAAAUAAUCUGUUUCACUGCUUUUCAUUGAGGUAUAACCAUUGGCCAGGUUUUGCCUCUAACAAGAUUGCUUUGAGACAGGAACACAUUGCAACUUUCAAAUGUUGCUGGUACCAGUCCUGUCUCACAGCCUGUCGCUGCAAGACCAAGCAGAUUCUGCCUAUGUCUUUCAAUUUAAGACAGUUGAAAGGAUAAUUAAAAUAGCUAUUGCGAUACUACUGCUGAACAUUUAACAUGGGUAUUUUUAACUUAUAUCACUGCAUGGAUUGGAAAUCCAUUUGAUACCUCACAUGAUUUUCUUUUGCUUAUUUUGAUUUCAGGAGACUACCAAUUCCUUUCAAACAUGUUUCACCCAAUAAAGUUACCUGCUUUGUGUUG